UCCUUUUCACCCCAAAGAAGAUUCUCUAUCUUUAGCAAUUUAACCUUCCCCUGUUGUAGCAAGCUAGCUAGCACUGGUUAGAGAUGAUGUCUCAGGGAAGAGGCAGUGCAGAUCGAGCCACAACUGCGGCUGCUCUGAUUCUGUGUUUGCUGAUUUGCUUCGGAAAUGUUCAUGCAGCAACCUACACCGUUGGGGAUUCCAGCGGGUGGACUUUUAACAUGGCUUCCUGGCCUAAAGGCAAGCGCUUUAAGGCUGGAGAUGUUCUAGUGUUCAAUUACGAUUCCAGCAUCCACGAUGUGGUGGCCGUGAAUAGAGGAGGGUACAGCAGCUGCAGCACUCCAGCCGGUGCAAAAGUUUACAGAUCUGGGAAGGAUCAGAUAAAGCUGGCCAAGGGACCCAACUACUUCAUAUGCAACGUGGCCGGGCACUGUGAGUCAGGCAUGAAGAUCGCUGUCAUUGCAGCCUAGUGGGUAUGAAAGUAUUGUAACAUGUAAUUCAAGUGUUGUGUGCGUUUAAUAAGCUAGACUACCUAAGUUGAUGUGAAAUAAAAGAUGGAUAUGCUUUGCUAUUUUGAAGGGAGAAAGGCAAACAGGUAUAGUACCAUGACCAAGCGUCACGGGCCUUUGUUCUGUGGUGUUACAUGAUUUGUGUUGUCAUGACUUGGAUGUUCGUUUUGGAUGUGUUUUAGAUGUGUUUUGUUAAAAAGGAUAAUGUUGUAAAUGAGCUUGCCUUACUUGUUAUAAUCUUGUUUGAAUUUUAGGCCAAACAUGAUAUAUUUAGCAAAUAAAGAAUUCAAUAGGAU